AUGUCGGCAGAAAAACCAAUGACCCGAGGGGAAAGCAUAGAAGAUGUCGAGCGAGCGACUGGGUCAUGUAUUUCAGACGAAGAGCCUGAGUACGACGAAAAUGCUGUCAAGGCACUAGUGCGGAAGCAAGAUUUGAGGAUUCUACCUGUCUCUGCCUUUAUUUACCUGCUAUGCUACUUGGAUCGGUCGAAUAUAGGCAACGCGAAGGUUCUCAAUGAAAGCCAGGGAAAUGACCUUCUCACCGAGACAAACAUGUCCAAUUACCAGUAUACCAUCGCCUUGAUGGUUUUCCUGAUUGCAUACGCCAUUUUCGAAGUCCCUUCCAAUUAUCUACUCAAGAAGCUGAAGCCAAGCCGAUGGAUUGCCUUCCUCAUGUUCUCUUGGGGUGCAAUAACAAUGGGCCUAGGUGGAGCCCGCAACUUCGGCCAAGUAACAGGUAUUCGCUUCCUCUUAGGGGUAAUUGAAGCAGGUCUGUUCCCAGGACUGGUUUACUACCUUACAUUCUGGUAUCGGGUUUCUGAGCGGUCCCUACGUGUUGCACUCAUUCUAGCAUCUGCCACACUGGCCGGUGCCUUUGGUGGCGCCAUUGCCUACGGUGUGGGAUUUAUGAAUGGUGCACACGGGUUAUCAGCCUGGCGGUGGCUUUUUAUUAUCGAGGGAGCCCCAUCUUGUGCUUCUGCUAUUCUUGUCUGGUUUGUUUUGCCCGACUAUCCUGAGACAGCGAGCUGGCUGAAUGGUGACGAGCGCCAAUUGGCGAAAGAGAGGCUUCAGCACGAAGGUUCGAAGGGAAAUGCGGCUGCCAUGACGUGGGCUGAUAUCAAGGGUGUUCUUACGGAUUGGCGGCUGUGUGGGCAUUAUGCUCAGAUCUAUUUCGGCAUAUCGACGCCAUUCUCCAGUCUAUCCCUCUUUACACCAUCAAUCACAGCGGGUCUAGGAUAUGAGAAUAUCCAAGCUCAACUAAUGACCGUUCCACCCUAUGCGGUUGCAUAUGUGGUGACACUUGCAGUGUCAUGGUCAGCAGAUCACUUCAAUGCUCGUGGCCUACACUCGGCGGCCUUCUCAUUCAUCGGCGCCAUGGGAUUCUUGGCAUCAGCUGUUCUCCCAGUAGAUGCAUAUUUGCAUCGGUACGGUUGCCUGAUCGUAGCAUCUAGUGGUGCGUUUUCUUGUAUACCGCCUCUUCUUGGUUGGUUGUCAUCUAAUAUUGAUUCCACUGGCGCUGCUGGACUGGCUAUUGCGUUGAAUAUUUCGUUCGGGGCUCCUGGGCAGAUUGUUGGUGUUUGGAUUUAUAAGGCCAAUGAGAAAGCCCGCGGAUAUCCUACUGGUCAUUGGACGAAUGCUGCUCUGUUGCUGUUUGUUUGUGUUGGAUGUAAUUUGUUGCAUCUUUAUUAUGUGUUCGCUAACAGGACGAGGCGGACUUUGGGGGUGGCUAAGGCUUAUGCUUAUUAA